AGUCGCCUCAGCCUGCAUGCCGUCCCCUGCACCCCCGGAUCGCGGAGCCCCACCAUGCUCACUCGGGUGAAGUCCGCCGUGGCCAAUUUCAUGGGCGGCAUCAUGGCUGGCGGCGCCGGCUCGGAGCACGGCGGCGGCGGCGGCGUCGGCGGAGGCGGCGGCUGCGGAGGCUCCGGAGGCUCCGACCUGCCCCUGCGCUUCCCCUACGGGCGCCCCGACUUCCUGGGGCUGUCCCCCGACGAGGUGGAGUGCAGCGCCGACCACAUCGCCCGCCCCAUCCUCACCCUCAAGGAGACGCGCCGGCUGCCCUGGGCCACCGGCUACGCAGAGGUUAUCAAUGCUGGGAAGAGCACACAUAACGAAGACCAAGCCAGCUGUGAGGUGCUCACUGUGAAGAAGAAGGCAGGGGGUGUCACCUCAACCCCGAACAGAAACUCUUCUAAAAGGCGAUCUUCCCUUCCCAACGGAGAAGGGCUGCAAUUGAAAGAGAACUCGGAAUCGGAAGGUGUCUGCUGCCACUACUGGUCCCUGUUCGAUGGCCAUGCGGGCUCCGGGGCGGCCGUGGUGGCAGCCCGCCUGCUGCAGCACCAUGUCACCGAGCAGCUGCAGGACAUCGUGGAGAUCCUCAAGAACUCAGCCUUGCUGCCACCCACCUGCCUAGGCGACGAGCCCGAGCACACUGGAGCGCACAGUCGUACCCUGACACGGGCCGCAUCUUUGCGCGGCGGAGUGGGUACUCCCGGCUCCCCCAGUACCCCACCCACACGCUUCUUCACCGAGAAGAAGAUCCCGCACGAGUGCUUGGUCAUCGGUGCUCUGGAAAGUGCCUUUAGGGAAAUGGACCUCCAGAUAGAACAUGAGAGGAGUUCAUACAACAUAUCUGGUGGCUGCACAGCCCUCAUCGUGGUUUGCCUCUUGGGCAAGCUGUAUGUGGCUAAUGCCGGUGAUAGCAGGGCCAUAAUCAUCAGAAAUGGAGAAAUCAUCCCCAUGUCUUCAGAAUUCACCCCGGAAACAGAGCGCCAGCGGCUUCAGUACCUAGCAUUCAUGCAGCCUCACUUGCUGGGAAAUGAGUUCACACAUUUGGAGUUUCCAAGGAGAGUACAGAGAAAGGAACUUGGAAAGAAGAUGCUCUACAGGGACUUUAAUAUGACAGGCUGGGCAUACAAAACCAUUGAGGAUGAUGACUUGAAGUUCCCACUCAUCUAUGGAGAAGGCAAAAAGGCCCGAGUAAUGGCAACUAUUGGAGUGACAAGGGGUCUUGGGGACCAUGACCUGAAAGUGCAUGAUUCCAACAUCUACAUAAAGCCAUUCCUGUCUUCAGCACCAGAGGUUAGAGUCUACGAUCUCUCCAAAUAUGAGCAUGGAGCAGAUGAUGUACUGAUCUUGGCCACUGAUGGACUCUGGGAUGUUUUAUCAAACGAAGAAGUGGCAGAGGCUAUCACUCAAUUUCUUCCUAACUGUGAUCCAGACGACCCUCACAGGUACACGUUAGCAGCUCAGGACCUGGUGAUGCGUGCCCGUGGGGUCCUGAAAGAUAGAGGAUGGCGGAUAUCCAAUGACCGGCUGGGCUCAGGAGACGACAUUUCUGUAUACGUCAUUCCAUUAAUACAUGGAAACCGGCUGUCAUGAAAAUGGUCCUGGGACUGGGAGGACAGCAGGGAAGAAAGCUGGGGUGCCUCUUGGCAGGGCAGAACUUAGGAAUACCCCAGCAGAGUGUGGAGCAUGACUCGGCUCCAUUGGGGACUGUUGUGGAAGGCGUCAGGCUGUGCAGCCAGAGGACCCUUAGGUUUCCGUUUCCUUUAGUAACAGAUCUGGAUCCUCAUCAAGAGCUCAACUGAAGGCUGCUCCCGAGUGCUGUUGCUGUAGGUUCCUGCUUUAUGCCACCAUCGAUGUCUCCUGCCCCAUCUAUGGUGUGUCUUUGAUCUCCAGUGGGUGGGGCAGGCAUUUGGGGGUGGAAAUGGCAGAAAACUUAAGCUGCCAAUUUCUUUAGGUGUUCAGAGCACUGCAUUCAAGAAUGGGGAUCAUACCUCUGAAAGUAUAAGUCCCCACCUUGCUAGUACACCUGAGGUUUAGUUCAGGGAAAGCUUUCUCUGGGGGAAUGGUAUGUCUAUGUGUGUAUCUGGUCUGUCUGUCUGUCUAGGAGCUCUGUGGUGAUGGUGGGGUGAAGUGGAUCUUUUUUUUUUUUUUUCCCUUUUCUGUUAUUUCUUGAAUCUUGUUUUUCUUCCAUAGAACAGGCCCUGGGACUUUCCAGCUCCUUUCUGAGUAAUCUGUGUGUCCAGGUCCAGCCCAGGCUGUUCUUGUAGCCAUAGCCCAACCACCCAGGAGACUGCCUGGA